GCAAACUACUUGUCACCAGCGACACCACACUCUUUCACCACCACCACCACCUAUACUCACCACAGUCGAUCUUUAACCCCAAAUUCGCCUCUAAUUCACCAGUCGUCUUGUUCGCUGUCCGACUGCGUGCCCAGUGAUCAAUACAAACUGCCAGGGGCCAACAAUACGCGCUCACCUCGACAAUAAUCGGAAAGAGCGACGCAACAAUCGUUGCACCUACCGCGCCUCAUCCGAACCAGAUUCCCGCGACCCAAACAAAUCUCUUCCUGCGAACUCUUAACAACACCUUCCAUUGGCAACGUCUCACCUCGACCAACGGUGAUCAUCCGCGACAAACAUCGCCAUGCGAUACUCCUUCAGCGCAGCAGCGCUCUUCGCUGCCACCGUCUCGGCCGAUCUCUGCUCUUACGGCUCUACCGACGACAAUGGCAACUGGUACUGCAAGCAGGUCAAUGCCAUCACUUACACUGGUGUUGGCGGAUCCGCCUCUUACAACAAGGUCACCGCCAUGGAUAGCAAGUCUGGUUCAUGCUCCAGCUCACCGUAUGGAUAUUCCGGCUCCAUGUCGCCACUGGACGAGGAAGUUUCCCUCCACUUCCGUGGACCUUUGCAAUUGAAGCAACUUGCUGUCUACACCCCAGGAUCUUCAGGAUCUUCUCACAAGGCCAAGCGCUCCGCUCACCGUCGAAGGCAUGCAGGUGGCGCACACGGACAUGGCCACGUCCACGAGGAGAAGCGCGAGGCCGGACUCGGUGACAUGGUCAAUGCCAUCAUCGAUGGAAAGUCCGUCUCCUGGGCCAACACCUACGACGGCACGGCCUCCAGCAACAGUCCUCCUGCAGCUGCUGGAUACGCGCCACCCAGCAGCAGUCCCCCGAAAGCAGCAUCAUAUGGCCAGAGCAGCAGCAGCUCCAGCUCCAGCUCGGGUGCUGCUGCUAACACCAAGCCGUCCUCAUCUUCGGGCGGCAGCAGCAGUGGCAGUGGCUGGAACCGUGUGGGCUACUACAACUCCCAGGCCAAGACCAGCGACGGCCUCGUCUUCCUUAACCAUGAAGGUGGCUCCGGAUCCGGUGUCUUCGACUACACUUUCGGCAACUCGCUCUCCUACGCCAGCGCUGAUGGCUGCAGCGGUGCCUCGGCCCCUCAAGUUCUCGCAGACACCACCAUUCCCUCAAACAACGAGGUCGUGGUCAUGACCGACAGCAAGUGCACUGACUCCUCAUGUGGCUACGUUCGCGAUGGCACUGUCGCUUACCACGGCUGGGACGGCCCAAGCAAGGCGUUCUUCUUCGAAUUCAGCAUGCCCGACGAUGGCAAGACCGGUCAGAGCAUCUAUGACCCAGUGAACAUGCCAGCCAUCUGGAUGCUCAACGCCCAGAUUCCACGUACUUUGCAGUACGGUAACGCGGACUGCUCCUGCUGGAAGAGUGGAUGCGGUGAAUUUGACAUCUUUGAGGUCCUCGCUGCUGGCGAUACGCGAUGCAAGUCCACCCUUCAUGGCAACAUUGCUGGUGGUAACAGCGACUACUUCGCUCGCCCUACCAAUGGUACCAUCAAGGCUGCCCUGCUCCUUUACAGCGAUAACAUCCACAUCAAGAUCUUGGACAACAGCGUCACCUUCGGGACCACCAUGGAUAACACCUUUGUCAAGGAAAUCAUUGCAGACACCAUGGAGGAAUCCCUCAGCAACCUUGUCUCGAUCUUCAAGCUCAGCUCAUGAACUCGAGCGUGGUGACAUUUCGCAAUGUAUCUUGCUCUCCCAUGAUCAUGUGUAACAAUCUGCCAAAUAGGGUAGCAGCGGACGGAGUUGGAGGAGUUGAGUGCGAGGAGCCUGGUCUUCUCAAAGUGCUUCGGGUGCUUCGGCCCGGAUUAUGUGCAUCGAAUGUCCUUUGUUCUUUUGAGUUCUUUUGCAGGGAGGUGAUGGAGCGCGAGGCGGCUGUACAUACCGGGGAAAGUCUAUGGUAAAACGUCGAUUGACAGCUACAUGUAAUGUAGAUUGGCAGUAGGUCGGCGUGGUACGUGAUGAGUACGCAAAUAGCCUGGCAGUACAGCAAUAGGAUUGAAUCCCUUUU